CAAACGUUGCCGUGGGUGGCUCCUAGAGAAAGAGAGAGAGAGAAAGGGCAGAGGAAGGCGGGAAAGAAAAGAAGAGGAGAGAAGAGAGGAGAGGAGAAGAGGAGAGGAGAGGAGAGAAGGAGAAAUCGGGAAUGGGGGUGAACGAGAGAUACACACAAUGGAAGACUCUGGUCCCUGUCCUCUACGAUUGGCUCGCUAAUCACAACCUCGUCUGGCCCUCUCUUUCUUGCCGAUGGGGUCCACAGCUUGAGCAAGCUACUUACAAGAAUCGUCAGCGCUUGUACCUCUCUGAACAGACAGAUGGCAGUGUUCCAAAUACUCUGGUCAUUGCUAACUGUGAAGUUGUUAAACCAAGGGUUGCAGCUGCAGAACACAUAUCACAGUUCAAUGAAGAAGCGCGCUCUCCCUUUGUAAAGAAGUAUAAAACUAUUAUACACCCUGGCGAGGUGAACAGAAUCAGGGAACUCCCACAGAACACCAACAUUGUGGCUACACACACCGAUAGUCCUGAUGUUCUCAUUUGGGAUGUUGAUUCUCAACCUAAUCGUCAUGCUGUCCUGGGAGCUACAGAGUCUUGUCCAGAUCUGAUAUUGACUGGCCAUAAAGACGAUGCUGAAUUCGCUCUUGCUAUGUGUCCAACUGAGCCCUUUGUGCUCUCUGGAGGUAAGGACAAGUUGGUGGUUUUGUGGAGUAUUCAGGACCAUAUUUCAACUUUGGCAGCAGAGCCAGGGUUGUCAAAGUCUCCUGGAUCUGGUGGCUUCCCUAAUAAAUCUGCCUCUAAGGCAGGUGGAGGUAAUGACAAACGUACCAAGAGUCCAUCCAUUGGACCACGGGAUGUCUACCAAGGGCAUACAGAUACUGUUGAAGAUGUUCAAUUCUGCCCAUCAAGUGCACAGGAGUUCUGCAGUGUGGGUGAUGAUUCUUGCCUUGUAUUAUGGGAUGCAAGAGCUGGCUGUACUCCAGUUGUCAAGGUUGAGAAAGCUCACAAUACUGAUCUUCAUUGUGUUGAUUGGAAUCCUCAUGAUGUGAAUCUCAUUCUGACAGGGUCUGCUGAUAAUUCUGUUCACAUGUUUGAUCGUCGGAACCUCAAUCUUGGAGGGGUAGGAGCACCUGUUCAUAAGUUUGAGGGUCAUAAUGCUGCAGUCCUCUGUGUACAGUGGUCUCCAGAUAAAUCGUCUGUCUUCGGCACUUCUGCAGAGGAUGGCAUUCUAAAUAUAUGGGAUUACGAAAAGAUUGGUAAAAAACAAGACUCUACUGGACUGAAAGUGCCAACUGCUCCUCCCGGAUUAUUUUUCCGGCAUGCUGGCCAUCGGGAUAAGGUUGUUGACUUCCACUGGAAUGCAUCUGAUCCAUGGACAAUUGUCAGUGUGUCUGACGAUGGUGAAAGUACAGGAGGAGGCGGCACUCUACAGAUAUGGCGAAUGAUUGAUUUGAUUCACAGGGCCGAGGAGGAUGUCUUGGUUGAGCUUGAGAAUUUCAAAUCUCACAUUCUCGCAUGUGAAAGAAGUUAGUGUAGUUCAUUUACUGGGAGAUCUCCUGGAGAACUUUAGAUGUUUUUGAAGGUGGACAUUGGCUAGGGUACAAGGUAUUGACUAGCACCUUUGUGCAGGCUCUUUUGUGUUUGGUUUCAUGGGAUUCAAAGGCCAAAAAGAAGCCCCACUCUAGGACCAUUGUUUUUUUUUUAUUUUUCCAUGAUUAAAGGAGAUUUUGGAACUGCUCGUUUAGACUUUAGUUGCGUUGUCGACUUGCACAAUGAUUAGAUUAGAUGCUUGUAAUCUCUGAACUUUGUAUUUUGAUAAUUAAUUUUCAUUUUUAUCA